GCACUGCCUCUGCUGACGUAAUCAUAGCGCUGCAGGAAGAUCUUGGUCUCCUCAACAGUCCCAAGAUCAGCCGACGCAGCUGUAGUCUUUGCAAUACUUCUGCCCGCAAAGUACAGGCGAGCGGGGUCAAUCAUCGCUACGCGAUUGCGCGCACGUCCGAUGCGUGUUAACAGUGUGUGCGUGUGAAACUGCCAGUCUUAUGCAAGCCACACUACACAGAGACACGAUGUCCGACGCUGCUGCUUCAGCAGGAAACAACGGGGACCCUGCACUAAAUGGGUCGUGGGUGGAGUUGGAGAUGAAUAGAAGUGGAGGUGGUGGAGCCCCAUCCUCCUCCUCAGGGCCAGAUGUGGUCGAGGCCCCGGUGCUUCCGGCGCUGCCGCAGGUGGUGGAGGAGGAUGAUGGGAUAGUUGGAGGCCUGGAGCAUGUGCCCUCGUCCUCCUCCAUCCAUAACGGGGAAAUGGAGAAGAUCCUGCUGGACGCGCAGCACGAGUCCAGCCGCAGCAAUUCCUCCUGUGACAGUCCUCCACGUCCCCACAGUCCUCAGGAUGAAGGCCAAAUCAUCUUUGAUGUGGACACGAGGAGAGAUAGUCAGUCUGAGGUGGACAUUCUGGAGAAGGAUCGGGAUGAGGACAUCCUCAUGAAGGACUCUGACUGGGUGGCAGAUUGGUCCAGUCGACCCGAAAAUGUUCCACCCAAAGAGUUUCACUUCCGUCACCCCCGGCGCUCGCUGACGCUCAGCAUGAGGAAGACUGGGGUUAUGAAGAAGGGUGGGAUUUUCUCUGCUGAGUUCCUCAAAGUGUUCAUCCCCUCACUGCUCCUUUCACACAUACUGGCCCUCGGACUGGGGGUUUACAUUGGGAAGAGGCUGACCACGGCCACUGCCAGCUCCUUUUGAUUGACGCUGACAAAGUGCCUGGGGCUCCACUCACAGAGCCCGGGGAGAUUAGGGGGGAGUCAAAUGUUGCAGUUUAUAAGAAGGAUGCCCUUUCUUUCUCCCCCCUCCCCCCUUUCACCCUCUUUCUCUCAUCCUUAUCUUCACCUCCAGUCUCCUGUUCCUCCUCUUCUCGGCCCAUGCGGUACAUGUGCUUGCUAAAGAAGUGCCAUGUUUGUAGAGAAGAGGAGUCCCCAUCAUUUUUGCAGAGUGAUUGUUUUUUUUCUUCUGGCUGUUCCCCGUGGCCUGAUUAAGACUAAUGUAGAUGAAGGGCACCCAAUGAGAAAGAUGGGUAACGUGGGAACCAAAUAUUUGUAAGCAGUAGCCUGAGUCCCUGCAGUCGCUUAGUGGAAGAGAGAGUCAUGUCAGCUCAUGAGGAAAGAAGCAAGCUCAGGAAUUCCUUACAGACACACACAGACACACCACACAACACACAUGCACACACACACACACACACACACACGCACACACACACACACACACACACGCACACACGCACGCACACUUACAACUUAUUCCUGCAUCAUGAAUAAGUUCCUGCAUCCAGGAACUCACCCCAGAAAUCUGGAAAUGUGAACAUGCCUUUUUGCUCCAGAUAGUAACUUUAGGGACACAUGUGUUAUUUCAUUUAAAAUGCAGUUAUUUGUUUCAAUUAAGGGCAGUGAUUUUGGAGAGACUGUUUUGUGUGUGUGUGUGUGUGUGUGUGUGUGUGUGUGUGUGUCUGUCUGUCUGUCUGUCAGUUCAGGGCAGCGUUUUUCGAGAGAUCUUUUUUUUGUGUGCUCUGAGAUGUUAGGGGAUCCAGUGGCUCAACUAAACCUGAGAAGAAUCCAGAAAUAGUGACCAGCUCUGUCCUCGGUCCCUACACCCACACCCACACCCAUCUCACACGUCAGGCUGUUUAUAAGUACCUUUUUGCUAAUGUCUCCUCUCUUAUCUUUAACCAAAAGAACAAUGCAUGAUGGGAACAGUGCCUGCUCCAUGUGUUGUCAUGGAAACGCAUGUAGAGGUGGCAUGUGUGUUGGGUGUGCCAGAGCUAUCUCUCAGCUAUAGGGUUUUGAGUUGGCAUUUCUGUUUUCGCCAUAUCACAUGAGGCCAGGGGUCGUCAGGAUCAGGUGAGAAGAGAACAGUCAGAAUGACCCUUGACCCCAACCCCACCCCCACCCCCACCCCCACAACUUACCCCUAACCUGACUGCUGGGCGCUGUGGCUGAAGGCAGCUUUGUGUGCCCUGCCUGACUGACUUGGCACUCUGCUUCCUCUGUAUGUGUAUAGAGCUAGACCACACCUACUGCUGUCCCUGUGUCUAUGGAGCUAGACCAUGCCCACCUCUUUCUCUGUUUGAGUAUGGAGAUGGACCACGCCCCCAUGCCAGACUCUCAUCAUGCACUGGAUUGGGCGCGGCACCUCCCAGCGUGAGGUGCAGACACCCUUGGGCCUCCUUCUCAGAGGAGCAUGUGGAGGACUGGCUGAUGGGGGACCUGAGCGGAGUCAUCACACUAAAGCAUGCUUAAAUAACGCCGUAACACUCCUCGAGACCUCACAACACUCACGCAGCAGAGCUCCGCCUCAGAAUUCAGCUUCAGAUGGUCUCUGCUUCAGAUGGUCUCAGCUUCAGAAUACAUUCAGCUUCAGAUGGUCUGUGCUUCAUUCAGCUUCAGAUGGUCUCAGCUUCAGAAUACAUUCAGCUUCAGAUGGUCUCAGCCUCAGAAUGCUUCUUUUCUUUGAUGUUCAUGGGCUCACCUGCAGUGACUGACAUAGCAUUCUUAUGACCCAUGUGCCUGUUCUGUACAGCCAUGCAGCUUCUUAUACUUGUCAUAGCAUCUCAUGUUGCAUGAGUAGAGGGUCUUAUACCUGUCAUAGUGUGUCAUAGCGCAUGAAUAGGAGGCGCAGGGAUAGUCUGGUGCCACAAAGUCAGGCUGGGGUUCUCUUGGCUGCUGAAAAAUGUAAAAAAAAGAAGAAAAAAAAGCAAUUUACAUUUCUUCAUUUUCUUCAGUGUGUUUUGUGUAAAAUGUUUUUUUUUGUUUUGUUGCGUGUUUGUUUUCUCUUGUGUUUGGAGAUGAGCUACUCAGAAUGAACGCACAGAGCAAGUGGCACAGGAUUUGUUAGGAGAUAAAAUCAAGAGUUUUUUUUAUAGAUGUGCAACUGCGACUGGAAAGCAGUUAGAGGAAGGACACGUCUCCGUGUCCACAGGGCAAGGACAGACAUGGUUACAGGAUUUGUAAAAAAAAAAAAAACUAUAUACAUAGUACCUGUUUUUUAUUUAAUUUUUUCAUCCCUGAUUGGACAAUUGAACGGAUUUUAUCAAUAAAACUUUAAGAACAAACUGCUCCUAA